AAGUCAACAAGCCGGACUUGACUGUGUCGGCGACAUGUUAACUUUUCAAAACACCAACAUUCUUCCCAGCCCUUAACUUUUUUUAAAAGCGCAUUUUAGCGCGUCGUUGUACUGCGCGGUAGCUUAGCGCUUCGUGCUUUGAAAAACGGCUCGUUGGCAGUCGCGUAUGCACCUUACAGUUACAACUGUGCUCCCGUUUGUUUGUUUGUUUGUUUGUGUGUUGUUUGUUUCGUCGUUUCGGGUGAAAGUGUACAAUGGGAAGGGAUUCUCCUCUGUCGAGCGUCAAUGUCGUGCUCGUCAUGGCCUUUGGGAGUCUGGUCUUUGUCUUGCUGUUCAUCUUCGUGAAAAGACAAAUUAUGCGACUAGCCAUGAAAUCUCGACGGGGACCCCACGUUCCCAUUGGUCACAAUGCUCCUAAGGAGCUUAGGCAAGAAAUCGAUGCCAAACUGUGCCUAGUCCAGAAAAUCCACUUUGAGCCACGUCUGAUGACUUCAGAGGAUGAGCGGCUAAAAUCUGGUGGCUGUGACUACCAGUACAGGAUGAGAGCGCUGGACGCCAUCCGAGACACAGAUUUCCCUUUUUGUGAACUGGGCGGAUCCUGCAGCGCCGUGACGGGAAAACGAUUCCGAAGUUGGCUUCUGCAGCUAAAGAAUUCCCACUGCCUCUUCCGGGACGGCCAGAAGGGUCUGAUUGACACGGUGCUGGACGGCUACAACAAAGCACGCCACGGGGACAAGGCUUUUGGUGAAGCAGAACUGUGUAAAUACCAGGAGGCUCUAACUGAACUGGCCUCUGUCGUCAAGAGCCAGAGCAGAAGCAGUAGUAAUAGCAGCACGGCGAGCCAGCACCACCAGACCGCCGCUAAAGACUUGACCGCCACCGUCGAGCCCGUUGGCGCCUCCCCAUCGUCGCGGGCCCACCUCACGUCGGCGGCGCAGCAACGCAUCAAGCGGACCAGGAAUCUGCUGGAGCUCAAGAACUUUAAAGACAAGUACAACACACUGGACAGUACAUUGUGAGAUGAGAGGAGGGAGGGGAAGGGAAGGUUUUAUUGGUUACAUCAUUCAGUGUAUCCAUCUAUCCAUUUUGUAUAGUAAAGGUUCUCAAGCUUUUUGGGUCUAGCGACCCCUUACAGGGUGGAGUCCUAAGGCCAAUUAAACGUACAAUUGAAACCAGAUGUUUACAUACACCAUGUAAAAAAAAAAGACGCGUAUACUUUUUUUUCCCCUCACUGUCUGAAAUGAAAUCAGACUAAACUUUCCCGGUUUUAGGUCGAUUAGGAUGAGCAAAAUUCUAUUUGCUAAAUGUCAGAAUAAUGGGAGAUUUCUUUAGACAGUUUUUCCUUACUUUCUUCGAAGUCAGACGUUUACAUACAGUAAGAUUUAAACCCUUUGGGAAAACCUUAAUGAUGAUGAUGAUGAUGAUGAUGUAAUGUCUUCGGAAGAUGGAUUGUGUGUCCCUGAGAUGAACAUGCUUUGUUCCCAAAUGUACAUAUUGACCCAAGAACAAAAGAAAAAGACCUUGUGAAGAUGCUGGCUGAAGCUGGUAAAAGUGUCUCAUUAUCCACAGUGAAGCAACCAAUGGACUGCCAGGAAGAAGCCAUUACUCCAAAAGAAACAAUAAAAGAUAGAUUACAGUUUGCAAAUGCACACAGGGACAAAAUUCCUUCAUUUUUGGAGACAUGUCCUGUGGUCUGACCAAACUGUUUGGCCAUAAUGAGCAUUGUUACAUUUGGAGGAAAAAGAGAGACGCUUUGAAAUAUGGAGGUGGCAGCAUCGUGUUGUGGGGUUGUUUUGCUUCAGGAAGGACUGGUGCACUUCACUAAAUAGAUGGUGUCAUUAGAAAGAACAUUAUGUGGAAAUACUGAAGCAACAGCUCAAGAAAUGAGCUAGGAAGUUCAAGCUUGGAUGCAAUCAAACUGCCAAGCUGGUUAAAAAGUGGCUUAAGGAUAACAAAGUCAAUGUUUUGGAGUGGCCAUCGCAAAGCUCUGAAAAUGCAUGUGCGAGCAAGACGGCCUACAACAUGGGUCAGUUACACCAGUUCUGUCAGGAGGAAUGGGCCAAAAUUCCUGCCAACUAUUGUGAGAAGCUUGGAGAAGGAUAUCCAAAACGUUUGAGCCAAGUCAUAGUUGAAAGGAAAUGGUACAAAAUACUAAUGAAAUCUACAGUAUGUAAACUUCUGACUUUGAAGAAAGUAAUGGAAAAAACUCUUCUCUCAUUUUUCUGGCAUUUAGCAAAACCAAAUAAUCUUAGCAAUCCUAACUGAGUCUAAUUUCAGUGAGGAUCAAAAAAGUGUUUUCACAUAGUGUAUGUAAACGUGUGAGUGCAGCAGUAAAUUGCCUAAAAAGCUGCCGAUUUUUCAAGAAAAAAGUCAUGUUAUGAUAACAAAUUAAUAUUUUUUAGAGACAAAAAGUUGUAAUGUGAGAAUAAAAUAUUAUUAUUAUAAUAUUCUUUCAAAAAAAGUUGUAAUCUUUACAAGAACAAAGACAUAUUUCAUUGGGAUAUAAAGUAAUAAUCUUACAAGAAUAAAGUAGUUUUUCCCGAUAUGAAGUCGUAAUAUUAUGUUAUUAAACUCAAGAUUUAGCAAGGGAAGAAAGUCAUUAUAACAAGGCCUUUUUAUAAUAUCGCGUCUUCUAUUCUGGAGAAGACUCUGUUAUUCUCUCUAAAAAAAAACGACGAUAUUUUCUUCUAUAAAAUUAGAACUUUAUUCCUGUACUAAGUCACCUUUUGUUUUAUAAAAAAAGAAAACUGACUUUAUUUAUGAGGGGGUGUAAGAUUGAUGUGAUGAUAAAUCACAAUCAUAUCAGCGCUUUGAAUUGGCCCAAAGCUAAGGUGGGGGGAGUAAUUGGUUUAGUUUGUUUUAUUUGACGCGCAUAUUUAGAUAUGCACUUUUUAAAAAUGAUACGACAUACUAAUUUAUUGGAAAAUAUUUUGCAGAUCCCCAAGCUAUGGCUCACUGAACCCUAGGGGUCCCCGGACCCCAGUUUGAGAACCACUGUUCUAAAGGACUUGUCCGCAUUAUUGUCGCGGGUGAGCCGGAGCCUAACCCAUCUGACUUUGAGCAAGACGCGGGGUUCACCCUGGACUGGUUGUCGCAUGGCACAUAUAUACUGUAGAAAAAAAAAUUUUGCAUCUUCAAUGAACCUAACGUGCAUGUUUUUGCAAUGUGGGAAGAGGCCGGAGUACCCGGAAGGAACCCAGACAAGCUAACCAAUACUCCGCCGUGCUGCCCGCACCCAGCGCAGUCACAUUUAUGCAUGGUGCUCACUGUCCUUUUAACAUAUCAUAUUAUUAUGAAAGAGUAUUAGGCCCACCCUGAAAAAAAGAAUACACUAUGAGAUUAAAGUUGUACUCUCAUGAGAAUAGUCUUUAUUGUUGAGGUCGUUGUAAUUUAGUAUAAAAGUAUAAAGUUGUCUAUUUUCUAGAUAGAAAUGUGUAAUUUUACAAGGAUAACGUCGUAUAUAGUGUGAAUUGUCAAGGAAAAAAAACUUUAUUUUGCAAUAGAAAGUUGUACGUAUAUUUUUUUAUGAAAGCAAUAAAGUCAUUUUUACGAGGGCAAGUGAAGGAAUGAUAUAAAAGGAGCAGUUUGUUGCCUGGCUAAGGAUCUGGCUAAAGUAAUACUUAAUUCUAGGUUGAAAAAUAAUGAAACACUCAUUUGGGCUUUUUUGGUGUUUGCAGCUUUUUUCUCUCUCUCUCUCUCUUAUUAUGACUUUAAUCUUGAAAUUACACAACUUUUUUUCUGGAAAAUAUAUGACUAUCUUGAAAGUACACAACAACAAAAUAUACACCUUUAUUCUCGCAAGUUUAAAUCUUUAAUGUUGUAGAGUUUUUUUUUCUUUUCGGUGUGCCUCUAAUACUCUUCCCUAUACAGUAUUUUACCUCACACUUGCAGCUUUUGCCUUCUUAUUGCAGGGAUCAGGUCUGCAUUAUGUAUUAAUGGCAUUGACUUGACCAAAAUAAGAGCCAUGACGCUACACGGGCCAGAUAGGACAAUCAGUAUUUAUUGCACAAAAGCCUCUGUAAAGUUUCAUGAUAGCAUGGUAGCUACAAGUGUUACUUUACAUUUAGUGAAACGCUCGUAUUUAUGUUUACUUUUCUGCAUUUUUAAGCCUUAAAUGAUGAUUUACAGAAGCCAUACAUUGAGUUUGAUGAUAUGCUCAUUACAUGAAUUCUUUCAGUGCAAUUAUAUUUGAUUCCAGUGCAUUAAUUAAUUCUGAAUGUAACAUGAUUUUCAGACAACUGUGACUGGGUUUCAUCCCAAAAAUCUACUGUAAUAUCUAAAUGAUAAAAAAAUAAUAAUUUGCUUAAUAAAACUGUGACUUCAA